CCUUGAUCCGGGCACCUUGGCGUGGGUUUCAUUUCAAGGGGAAUAUGUGGCGGACACGUCCAUUACCUCAGAGCUAAACUACAGGAGCCAGUAGCAGCUACUGCUGGUGGGAGCGCAGCGGAGGUGACAUCACAAGUCUCCAGCGCUGACAACCGAGGCACCAACCACCGCCGCUGCUGCUGCUCCUCAAUGGACAGCUAUGCCCGUGACAGGACCGCGGCCAUUAACCAAAACGGCAACCUAUCAGAGUUUUAGGACGGUCCACGCACGAAUGAUGCUGUGUAACUGCCACUAAUCCUGCUGUGGCUCACAGCUGUGCGCGGCUCUGCUCUCUGCGCUUAUCCUGCACACAGGCAACCUGCUUAUGUAUUUAUUUUGUUUUUGCAAAUUCAUUAUGGUGUCGCGCCUGAACUACAGUGAAAAAUGGCCCAUAUCGUCCGCCGUACACUUACAUAAUAUGCAGUAGGUAGGCUGGAUGUUGACAGACAAAGAUGGGAUGCAUCCGGGCUUAUCUGCAGAAAUUAAGAGGUAGGGUAAAGGUGGACCGGCUCAGAGAGCUUGGUCGACAAUAUCCAGUCUUCUGCUUCCUUCUGCUGGUCCUGCUUCUCUCCACUGUGCUUUUGAACAGAUAUAUUCACAUUAUAAUGGUGUUUUGGUCGUUCCUGGCUGGAGUCGUCACUUUCUACUGCUCCCUGGGGCCUGAGUCUCUGCUGCCUAACAUCUUAGUCUCCAUUAAACCAAGAAUCAAGUCGUACCAGCAGGAGCUGUUUCCUCUGGGCCACAGCUGUGCUGUUUGUGGAAAAAUCAAGUGCAAAAGGCACAGACCGACUCUGUUACUGGAAAACUAUCAGCCAUGGCUUGACCUGAAAAUUCCUUCUAAAGUGGAUGCCUCACUCUCAGAGAUUCUAGAGCUUGUUCUGGAAAAUUUUGUAUAUCCUUGGUACAGAGACAUCACAGACGACGAGGCGUUUGUCGACGAGCUGAGAGUGACCUUGCGUUUCUUUGCAUCUGUGCUGGUUCGUCGGACUCAGAAGGUGGAUGUGGCAUCUCUCAUUACAAAAAAGCUCCUUAAAGUUUCCAUGAAGCACAUUGAAAUUAUUAGCAAAGCAAGGCAGAAGGUGAAAAACAUAGAGUAUCUUCAACAAGCUGCCCUGGAGGAAUAUGGUCCUGAUCUCCACGUGGCUCUUCGCAGUCGCAGAGAUGAGCUUCUCUACCUCAGGAAGCUGACUGAGAUACUGUUCCCUUACAUCCUGCCGCCCAAGGCCACAGACUGCAGAUCUCUUACACUCCUGAUAAGAGAAGUUUUGGCUGGUUCUGUCUUCCUUCCUUCAAUGGACUACUUGGCUGAUCCUGACACAGCGAAUCAUUUAAUUUUGAUAUUCAUUGACAACUCACCUCCUGAAGAAUCCACAGAGCCCACUUCAACACUGGUUCCUUUCCUACAAAAGUACUCUGAUACUCGCAGCAAAAAGCCCUCAGUGCUAAAGCUGGAGUUGAAGGAAAUUCGAGAACAGCAAGAUCUUCUCUUUCGCUUUAUGAACUUCCUAAAGCAAGAAGGCGCUGUCCAUGUCCUCCAAUUCUGUCUUGCAGUUGAGGAGUUCAACGACAGGAUUCUGUGCCCUGAGCUGUUGGAUUCAGAGAAGAUGAUGCUCCACAAGGAAGUGAAGAAGAUCUACGAGACCUAUUGCUUGGACGAGAGUGUUGACAAAAUCCGCUUUGACCCCUUUAUAGUGGAAGAAAUACGCAACAUUGCUGAGGGUCCUUAUGCGGAGGUGGUGAAACUGCAGACCAUGAGGUGCUUGUUUGAAGCCUACGAGCACGUCCUCUCUCUUCUGGAGAAUGUUUUCACCCCCAUGUUCUGCCACAGCGAUGAGUACUUUCGGCAGCUUCUCAGAGGGGCCGAGUCCCCUGCCAGAAAUUCCAAAAUGAGCAGAAAUAGCGUCAGUUUGGAUGACAUUCGCUCCUGGGACUGGAGCCCCGAGUCCCCGUCCUCACUGUUCACCGCCUCUGGCAGCUCUUCACCUGCAUCUUGUAACUCCCUCCAUGCCCAGUCCACGUUCACAAACUUCCCAUAUGGCUCGCUAUCCCACCGCCACUCAUCACCCAAGAGUACGUCUAAGAGGGGCGAGUCCUUUGGGAUUAGCCGCAUUGGCAGUAAGAUCAAAGGAGUGUUCAAGAGCACAACGAUGGAAGGAGCCAUGCUGCCAUCCUAUGGGCUGGUAGAGGGGGAGGAUGAUAUGGUGGAGGAAGCCAUGAUGGUGCUGGAAGAUGACCCCCCUAUGGAGGCGGCCUCCACCCCGAGCACCCCGCGAAACCUCUCAGCCUGGAACAUCACAAUCCCGUACAUUGAUUUCUACGAUGACGACGUAAAGAGGGAGCGCAUUCCAGUGUUUUGUAUUGAUGUAGAGCGCAAUGACCGGAAGGCAGUCGGACAUGAGACUGAGCACUGGUCUGUGUACAGGAGAUAUCUGGAGUUCUAUGUCCUAGAGUCAAAGCUCACCGAGUUUCAUGGCUCAUUUCCAGAUGCUCAGCUGCCCUCAAAGAGAAUAAUUGGUCCCAAGAAUUAUGAAUUUCUGACAUCGAAGAGGGAGGAAUUUCAGGAGUAUCUUCAGAAACUCCUGCAGCACCCAGAGCUGAGCAACAGCCAGCUACUGGCCGACUUCCUGUCUCCUCAUAGCAUGGAGUCUCAGUUCCUGGACAAGAUGUUACCUGACGUGAACCUCGGGAAAAUCAUUAAGUCGGUCCCCAGCAAACUGAUAAAAGAGAAAGGGCAGCACCUGGAACCUUUCAUCCAGUCCUUCUUCAAUUCCUGUGAAUCUCCCAAACCCAAACCCAGCCGACCUGAGCUCACUAUCCUGAGUCCCACCUCAGAGAAUGACAAAAAGCUCUUCAAUGACCUCUUCAAAAACAAUGCCAACCGAUCAGAGAUGACAGAGAAGAGACACAAUCAGAACUACUUCAUGGAAAUGAUCACCAUUGAAGGGGUCUAUGACUACUUGAUGUAUGUUGGCAGAGUCGUCUUUCGUGUCCCUGAUUGGUUGCACCACCUGCUAAUGGGUGGCAGGAUCCUGUUCAAGAACACACUGGAGGCCUACACAGAUUAUUAUCUUCAGUACAAACUCAACCAAGUGGUCCAGGAGCACCGGCUAGUCUCGCUCAUCACCCUGCUUAGAGACUCAGUUUUCUGUGAAAGCAGCCCGCCUCGCUCCGCCCAAGACAAGCAGAGGAGAGCAAAGAAGACGUUCGAGGAGAUGAUGAGCUAUAUUCCAGACUUUCUGGGGAAAUGUAUCGGAGAAGAGGCCAAGUAUGAAGGAGUGCGCCUCCUCUUCGAUGGACUACAGCAGCCAGUGCUCAACAAACAGCUGACAUAUGUGCUGCUGGACAUCGUCAUUCAGGAACUUUUUCCAGAGCUAAACAAGCAGGUGCAGAAGGAGACGUCUGUGAUGGCUCCAUGGAUGUAAAAUAAACAUGAGCCAACAUGCUUGGCAUGCCCGAGCUCAUCUGACACUAGACUAAAUCAGACGCAUAGACUUUCAUAACUGACAUGUACAGUAACUGUAUCUGGAUACCUGCUCCCACAACAGGAGGAAAGGCAGAUGGUUUCUCCUGGUGCAUCUGUCAUUAAUUUGUAAAAUAAAUACAUAAAUGAAGUAUAUACUAAAUAAAAAGUCAGAAUUUAA